AUGAUAAAGAAAGCUUUGGCCGACAAGAAUGAUCAUGAUAAGGCCACGAUGUUGGCCGCCAUCGAGAUCCAGAGACGUGCAAAGUUGGUGAAGGACCUCAUCAAACAUAUCGUCUUUUUCAUUGUGUUCCUCACGGUGAUCAUCCUCCAAAAGGACUCAAACUACGUGUACCAGAUCGGUCAGUCGCUCAAGACUGACCUCCAGUUCACGGGCACGGGCACCAACGACGCCUACACGGCCAUCACCACGCAGGACCAGUUCAACGCGUACCUCACCGGCCAGCUGGCGCCACAGAUCGCGUCCAUGUCCUUUGCCAACCCCUACAGCAUGAACAGCAUCAUUGGCGGCACGAUGCGCAUUCGACAGAUGCGCGUGCGCAAGGACAGCUGUCCGACGCUGGGCCUCAACAUCACGUGCUACUCGCCCACGUAUGACUCGUCGACGCGCGAGACCCAAGACAUUGUCGGCACCAAUGGCACCGUGUACGAGUUCAGCCAUCACACGGGCGACCCCAUGGUGUUUGGCUACAAUCAAUACUCUUACGAGCCCACUGGCUACUACAUCGACAUACCCAUCACGAAUGCCCAGGCGGGCGUGCAAGGACUGAUCGACAACACAUUCUUCAACUAUCAGACUCGCGCAGUCAUCAUCUCAUUCGUCACGUACACGAUCAACUACGAGUCACGUGUCACAGUGGCCUACCUGCUGCUCGAGUACUCGGCAUCGGGUACCAUCGAGCCAUAUUACUCACUGCGAACAUAUCGUACCAACAUGUAUACCACGCCACUGGAUCGCUUCAGAGGCUUCCUCGAGAUAUUAUUCUUGGCAUCAUUCAUAUUAUAUGUUGUGUUCUUGAGCAACAGGAACUCACACUCAAGCCAGAUUGAUACUGUUGGAUACCCAACAUUCCUUGAGGCAUUGGGUCAGACAGCAUUAGUUUAUUAUCAACUUAGUGCCAUUAAUAUAUUAUUGUUGGCAUUCAAGACAUUUAGAUACCUUGUGAUUCAUAGACGAUUGUACGCACUUUGGAUCACACUGUCACAUGCUAGGGUACAAUUGAUGACAUUUACAGUGAUGUUCUUGAUCAUGAUGAUUGGAUUCCUGAUAUCAGGUUGGUUAACAUUUGGUCAUGAUGAAGUUGCUUACUUUGGUUUCAUCAACAGUCUUGGAACAUCACUUCAAUUCAUCAUGGGUAAUCCACCAAACUUCCAAACGAUGACCUAUACCAACAGAGCACUUGGUCCAAUUUAUACAUUAUUAUUCAUUAUAUUCAUGUUCUUGAUCUUGUUCAACAUGUUUGUGGCUAUCAUUUCAAACAGUUACUCAGAGGUGAUCAACAACAUCAACAGCAAACAAAAGAAGAAUAUAUAUGAUGUUAGUACAUUGGUACAGAUGUUGAUGGAGAAGAAACCAGACUUGUUGGUGGAGAAGGGAUUGACUCCAGAGAAGGUAUUCGAAGAGAUUCAAAAUCUUGGUCUAGGAUUCAAGUAUGACGAGGCACAAUACUACACUGACCUACUACUCAAAGUUAACAUUGAGAGGAAGAAGUUCCUCCAAGGUAUCCUUGCGAAUAAGAGUGCUGCAGGUACAUUCGAGUUAAAGUUGAUUGGAAGACAUAAGAUAUUGAGAUCUGUAAAGAUUAAUGAAUGGGCAGAGGAACAGGAGAAACAGGAGAAGAAGAAGGAGAAACAGAGAUAUAAGGAGACACAGAUGGAAAUCCAGCAAAAGGUGGACCGACUACUUCAAUUGCUGGGUGAUGCCACAUAUCUGAUGAGUGUGUCCAGUCAACCAAACUUGGCAAACAUCCUCGCCAACAACAUCAACAACAACAACAACAACAACAAUUCCAACAACAACAACAACAAUGGAGCAACAACAUCAAGUAGUAGUACCAUCAACAACAAUAUUAUAGCGAGCACUGGAACAAUUUUAAGUAGUGGAACCAAUGCACCACCAGCGAGAAUCAAUCAGAGUCGAUCAAACUUGUUACAGAGUGAUCAGAAUGAUGAUGGCAGUAAUGCCAAUGUCAAUGUACUGACCGACAGCAUCGGUGGAAGCAGCGGCGACAUGAGUAGCAGCAGUGGCUCCAUCGAAAUGCAACCAAUGUAG